CUCCGAGCCUCUGUAUAAAAGCCCAAAUAUGAUUUAGGGCAGAGAGAUCUCAAAGCCGUCUUCUUCUUCUUCUCUCCCGAAGUGUUUGCCAAAAUUCCAUCUAGGGUUAGGGUUUCAGAGAGAGAGAUAGAGAGAGAGAGAGAUGGGAGUGUUCACAUUUGUGUGCAGGAGCUCCGGCGACGAGUGGAGCGCGAAGCAGCUCUCAGGCGACCUUGAGGCCUCGGCCGGGUCCACAUACGAGUUGCAGAGGAAACUUGUUCAGGCCUCUCUCUCCUCCGAUUCCUCCGGCGGUGUUCAGUCUUCUUUCUCUCUCAUCACUCCCUCUUCCGCUGUUUUCCAGGUGAUUAUUGGUGGAGGUGGUGGAGGUGGAGGUGUUGCUUUUGCUGCAGCUCCUGCAGGUGGAGGUGGAGCCCCAGCUGCUGAAGCACCUCCAGCUGAGGAGAAGAAGGAAGAGAAAGAGGAGAGUGAAGAUGAAGAUAUGGGUUUCUCACUUUUUGAUUAGUGAAUCAUCUAUAUACAAUGCUUUCUUAUUUACCAAGUUUUGAAUGUGUCGGCCAACUUUGAUAGGGGUUGAAUGUUGGCUUUUCAUCAGUCAAGUAUGAAUCUUGUGGUGGUCUUUAUGAUCUCUAGUAGACAACUCACAUUUUUGUGGUUUUUAAAACUGUGUUUGAACUUGGCUUUUGCUAUAUCUAAUAUGAGCUAGUGUUUGCAUGUUAUCUUUUCUAA